AUGGACCGCCCAUCACCAACAUCAUCAUCAUCAUCACCUUCGUCCUCGUCACAACAACCAUCAUCACCGACGAACCUAAACACACCGGGGAGGCGGCACCAGCGGCUCGUCAUGGAGCUGCUCCCGUUCGAGACGGAGGGUGAGUUCCAGUCGUGGCUGGAGAGCGCGCCGCUGAUGGGCCUGUGGCUCGAGUUCCGCGCAAACUGUUACCACCUGGACCUGGACGAGGUCGACAAGACCCGCGCCACCCAGAUGGCCAGGGACGCGCUCAACUCGGGGUCCGCCACGUACCUCGUCUACCACCCGGACAAGCAAGGGUGGACCCUCGAGGAUCACAUGGUCCGCUUCAUGGUCACUGUUAUGAGGGACGCCGUGCUGCAGGGUGUCUGGGCCGAGGCGGAGCUGAGGAGCAAGACCUUGGAUAUUGCAGAGGCUGUCUUUGAGGUCCUGGGCUUCCUCAAGGCCGUUGACGAGGAGCCUUCAGCAUCUGGGUCUGAUGAUUCUAGAGAGCAUCCGCCUGAUUACCACCCGCCUGAUUACCACCCGCCGGAUUAUUCUGCUUGA